AUGCCUUCUACCUCCUCCCGCCCGUCCAAGAUCCACUACAGCUCGUCGUCUUCCUCCGACUCAGACCUCUCGUCGGCGUCAUCUUCCUACAGGCACAGCAUGGACUCGGCAACACGACCCAUCGCCUCGGUCGAGGUUCUCCGGUGCCUGCGGUGCGCGAGGUCGGUCGAGGCGACGUCGACCGACGACUCCAGCUCGACGGGCAUGGUCCGCAUCGCCCACAACCUGUACUACUGCGAGCGGUGCGCCAAGUCGGUCGGCUACAAGUGA